CUUCCCAAACCCUCCUCGCAUACAGAUAAACCUCUCCCAAGCCGAGCCCAAUCGAGUCAGCCGCCCAUCAUCAACCCUCUCUCUCUUAUCCAACCCAGGACCAGAUACAUUUCUCUUCUCAUCAACAAGGUUUCCGGACCUCUCUCCCUCCCCAUCCUCCUCAUAUAUCCAAGGAAUCACCCCCACCCAAGGUCUUCCCAAUGCUCGACAACAUUCACAGCCUGUCUAUCUACAUCCCCGCCAUAUUUCAACACAGCUCAUAUCCUGCCUCGGCAACAGACUCAGAAGACGAUAUGGCUUCACCAACCUCAGACUCCCGCCGAAACUCAAGGGGAGACUCUGGACGGUCUAACAGCAUCGGUCGACGACCACGGCUCCUCCGGUCAAGUAAGACCGAACCCUCCAUCACAGCCACCACAGCAAGCUUGAACGCCCUCGCUACACCUCAGACCUCAAGGAAGGCUACGGACCUGCUGUCUCAGGUGGCUUUCUCGAGCUCACCACCCAGCUCGGCCUCCCCACUCUCGCGAAGCCCGGCGUCGAUGUAUGGAAGUAUGAGCCUAGACAGCAUGCCACGUGAGAGUGCUGAGCUGGACGGUUUCAGCUGCCACCUAGACUCGGACCGCUACGUCAGCUUUCCGAGCUUCGAUACCUGGGACCCAAAUCGCCAUGAGGAGCAUGACGAGGCUGAGAGAAAGUCCCCCUGAACCUAUGAGGUCAUCAUCUUACCAGGGUGGAUGUAAGGAUCUAUGUUGAGGGACACACGGAGAGAGAAAGCCUCUUCGUGGCAACGAGCGACUGUUCGGAAAACACAUUAAUUUCGACUUCAUCGACGCCAUAGCAGGAUGACGCCCGCUUCGUCUGCCUAGCCCGCAAACAACGGCGGCGUCAAAGACGACACAUCCUAAUCACGAUUUGGCGCGUCACUGCGGCCUGCAAGGAGGUCGCCACUGGGCCGGCCCGGGGGGCCGAGUGCGAGGAUCAAGAGACGAUAGGUUGGGAGGACACACAACAUGAGAUCAUUGCGGCGGUUGGUAAUUUGGGUCACGGUCAUUUUUUAAUUUUUUUUGGCCUUUUUUUCUUCUUGCUUCUUGCAUUCGAGCAUGGCGUCUGGUCUUGAGUCGGAGCAGGGAUAACACAGCGGUUCCAUGCAAUUUUCGUUCCUUGAACAAACCCAGGCUUGGGUACAAUUUUCUUGUAUAUCGACGUUGGAGACCGUGAGGCAGCGAGCUAUUGCCUGCAGGACGGCCGGUAACGUCGGCAUGUUCGGAAAAAUUGAUGCUUACCAGAAAAGGGGGGGCCACCUUGGACCACCACGAAAGCAGGAGGGUACUGGGCUGCAGUACACCAUAGACAAAUGGCCAGAAUAAGCAGGAUGCUGCCCGAUACAGACAAAUCAGGAAACACAG